AGUUGGAGCGCGCACAUUGAGUCGGCUUUUCUACUGCUUCGGCUAGGGUACCUUGUGACCAUGUCUUCCAAGAACAGAAAGCGGUUGAACCAAAGCGCGGAAAAUGGUUCGCCCUUGCCCUCUGCUGCUUCCUCUUGUGCGGAGGCACGGGCUCCUUCUGCUGGAUCAGACUUCGCGGCAACCUCCGGGACUCUGAGGGUGACCAACUUAUUAGAAAAGGUAGAUGACAAAAUUCCUAAAACAUUCCAGAAUUCCCUUAUUCAUCUUGGACUCAACACUAUGAAGUCUGCAAAUAUAUGUAUAGGUCGACCAGUGUUGCUUACUAGUUUGAAUGGAAAGCAAGAGGUGUAUACAGCCUGGCCUAUGGCAGGAUUCCCUGGAGGCAAGGUCGGCCUGAGUGAAAUGGCACAGAAAAAUGUGGGUGUGAGGCCUGGUGAUGCCAUCCAGGUCCAGCCUCUUGUGGGUGCUGUGCUACAGGCUGAGGAAAUGGAUGUGGCACUGAGGUUUGGCUCUUUUCUUUGGUGACUAUCUGGAUCAAAGCUGCCCAGUAGAAAUAAAAGAGUCACAAAUGUAAACCACAUAUGUAAUUUUGCAUUUUCUUGUAACAUUUUAAAACAGUAGAGAGAAACAGGUACAAUGAAUUACAAUAGUAUGUUUUAUUUAACCAGUAUAUAUAAAAAUGUAUUUUAACAUGUAAUUAUAAAAAAUUACCAAUAAGGGCUGGGCGCGGUGGCUUAUGCCUGUAAUCCCAGCACUUUGGGAGGCCGAGGUGAGUGGAUUACUUGAGCUCAGGAGUUCAAGACCAACCUGAGCAACAUGGCAAAACCCUGUCUCUACAAAAAAUACAAAAAAGAAAAUUUCUGGGCAUGGUGGUGUGUACCUGUAGUCCCAACUAUUUGGGAGGCUGAGACAGGAGGAUUGCUUGAGCCUGGGAGGUGGAGAUUGCAGUGAGCUGGGAUCGCGCCACUGCACUCCAGCCUGGGUGACAGAGUGAGACUAUGUCUCAAAGAAAAAAAAAAGUUACCAAUAAGAUAUUUUACAUCCUUUUUUUCAAGCUAAGUCUUCAAAAUCAAUGUGUAUGUUACACUUGUAGCACAUCACAGUUUGGACUAGCCCCAUUUUAAGCAUUUGAUAGCUACAUGUGCUGAGUGGCUAGUGGCCACUUGUGUUAUAUUAGACAACCCAAGCUAAAUGAGUGCUAUAUAAUUUAUAGACUAAGGACUUUGAUUUUCCAUGAUUAGAGUGUGCCCUGACAUUUUAGGUGAGAGUAAUUUUCAUUGAUGCAUAUUUAGCAGUGUUUUUCACCUUGACUUGCAGUGUAAUCAGGGCUUCUUAUUUUACAGUUGUAAAGAAAAGAGUAGAUUACUGUGAGUCAAACAGAAACAAGUUUUAAUUAAGACUAUGCAAGCAAAGAACCUGAUUGUAUAUUUUAACUUGUUGAUUAUUCGAUUUAGUAAAACAAACGGUCAUUACUAUCAGAUUUUAAAAUAAUCCCUCACCACAGGGUAAUUGUUUGAAUCUACCUAUCAAGGUAGUUAAGGUAUAUCAUCCAUCCUCCUGGAUAUUCUGUUAUCUAAUAGGAUAUCGACUCGGUUUGCAUAUACAAGUCUUCUCAAAAAUCAUUUACAAAAAGCAUCUUUUUAUACUUUAAUGUCACCUUAGUAAUAGUUUGGGGGAUGUGUUUACAUUAUAUGUGAGAAUUACAAACCAUUUUCUAGUCAUCAGCUUGAUUUUAAUAUGUUCUCUUUUGCUACUAUUGUAGAUUUUAGACUUGAGUUUUGGCAUAUUUUUUCCUUUAUAACAGGAAAAUGUUUUCAGAGCUUAUAGUAACAGUUUAAUGAACAAUAAAAAGCAGAAGGGACAGGAGACAAUAUGUUGAGUACCGGCUGUAUACAGAAGCUUUGUAUAUAUUGCAUGUAUGUAUACACACACACAUUUACCCUUUUCUUUUUAAACAGAUGAAAUAGUCUGAGGAGAACUUGCCUAAUAUUUUAUGAGGUAGUUAAUAGUACUGUUGAGAUUAAACUGGAUUAUUCCUCAGACUAUGUCUUAAAAUGGUGCUACAGGUAGCAGUAAUUCGUUGACUGGAAUUAGCAUUUAUGAUGACCUACAAACUAGUCAGACCUCUUGAGCGCACAGCAGUCUUAGUGACAAAGAUAUGGAAAUUAAUGAAGAAGAACUGACUGGUUGUAUCCUGAGAAAACUAGAUGGCAAGAUUGUUUUACCAGGCAACUUUCUGUAUUGUACAUUCUAUGGACGACCGUACAAGCUGCAAGUAUUGCGAGUGAAAGGGGCAGAUGGCAUGAUAUUGGGAGGGCCUCAGAGUGACUCUGACACUGAUGCCCAAAGAAUGGCCUUUGAACAGUCCAGCAUGGAAACCAGUAGCCUGGAGUUAUCCUUACAGCUAAGCCAGUUAGAUCUGGAGGAGACCCAGAUCCCAACAUCAAGAAGUACUCCUUAUAAACCAAUUGAUGACAGAAUUACAAGUAAAGCCAGUGAUGUUUUGCUGGAUGUUACACAGAGCGCUGGAGAUGGCAGUGGACUUAUGCUAGAGGAAGUCACAGGUCUUAAAUGUAAUUUUGAAUCUGCCAGAGAAGGAAAUGAGCAACUUACUGAAGAAGAGAGACUGCUAAAGUUCAGCAUAGGAGCAAAGUGCAAUACUGAUACUUUUUAUUUUAUUUCUUCAACAACAAGAGUCAAUUUUAUAGAGAUUGAUAAAAAUUCAAAAGAGCAAGACAACCAAUUCAAAGUAACUUAUGACAUGAUAGGAGGAUUAAGUAGCCAGCUGAAAGCAAUUAGAGAAAUAAUUGAAUUGCCCCUCAAACAGCCUGAGCUUUUCAAGAGUUAUGGAAUUCCUGCCCCUAGAGGAGUGUUACUUUAUGGUCCUCCAGGUACUGGAAAAACAAUGAUCGCCAGGGCUGUUGCUAAUGAAGUUGGAGCCUAUGUUUCUGUAAUUAAUGGUCCUGAAAUUAUAAGCAAAUUCUAUGGUGAGACUGAAGCAAAGUUACGUCAGAUAUUUGCUGAAGCCACUCUACGACACCCAUCAAUUAUUUUUAUUGAUGAGCUGGAUGCACUUUGUCCGAAAAGAGAGGGGGCCCAGAAUGAAGUGGAAAAAAGAGUUGUGGCUUCACUCUUAACACUGAUGGAUGGCAUUGGUUCAGAAGUAAGUGAAGGACAAGUGUUGGUUCUUGGGGCCACAAAUCGCCCUCAUGCCUUGGAUGCUGCUCUCCGAAGACCUGGGCGAUUUGAUAAAGAGAUUGAGAUUGGAGUUCCCAAUGCUCAGGACCGGCUAGAUAUUCUCCAGAAACUGCUUCGAAGGGUACCCCAUUUGCUCACUGAGGCUGAGCUGCUGCAGCUGGCAAAUAGUGCUCAUGGAUACGUUGGAGCAGACUUGAAAGUCUUGUGUAAUGAAGCAGGUCUCUGUGCCUUGCGGAGAAUCCUGAAAAAACAGCCUAACCUCCCUGAUGUCAAGGUGGCUGGACUGGUGAAGAUUACUCUGAAGGAUUUCUUGCAGGCAAUGAAUGAUAUCAGACCCAGUGCCAUGAGGGAAAUAGCAAUUGAUGUCCCAAAUGUAUCCUGGUCAGAUAUAGGAGGACUGGAAAGUAUCAAACUGAAGUUGGAACAGGCUGUGGAAUGGCCCUUAAAACAUCCAGAGUCUUUCAUUCGAAUGGGUAUUCAGCCACCUAAAGGGGUUCUUCUCUAUGGGCCACCUGGGUGCUCUAAAACAAUGAUAGCAAAGGCUUUGGCCAAUGAGAGUGGACUGAAUUUUCUAGCUAUAAAGGGGCCUGAAUUAAUGAAUAAAUAUGUUGGUGAAUCUGAAAGAGCAGUUAGAGAGACCUUCCGAAAAGCAAGAGCAGUGGCACCUUCCAUUAUUUUCUUUGAUGAACUGGAUGCCUUAGCAGUUGAAAGGGGCAGUUCUUUAGGUGCUGGGAAUGUAGCCGAUCGUGUUUUGGCUCAGCUCUUAACAGAAAUGGAUGGGAUUGAACAGCUAAAGGAUGUGACCAUUUUGGCAGCUACUAACCGUCCAGAUAGGAUAGACAAGGCUUUGAUGCGGCCUGGAAGAAUUGAUAGAAUCAUCUAUGUGCCUUUACCGGAUGCAGCAACAAGAAGGGAAAUAUUUAAGCUGCAGUUUCACUCCAUGCCUGUCAGUAAUGAAGUUGACCUGGAUGAACUCAUCCUUCAAACCGAUGCAUACUCAGGAGCAGAGAUUGUAGCCGUCUGCAGAGAGGCAGCUCUUCUGGCUCUGGAAGAAGACAUUCAAGCCAAUCUCAUCAUGAAAAGACAUUUCACUCAGGCCUUGAGCACUGUGACACCUAGAAUUCCUGAGUCAUUGAGACGUUUUUAUGAAGAUUAUCAAGAGAAGAGUGGGCUGCAUACACUCUGAGAAAAUAUAUAUAUUCAAGAUGCUGAAAAUCCUUUCCAGAGAAAAUUUGUUUCCUUUUAAAAUUUUUUGAGAGUGUUAAAAAAAUUUUUACUAGGCAAAAUGUUUGAAGUAUGUUCAGUAGAAUUUAGGGGCUUUGGUUCUUACAAAUUUUCAAGUCAUGUAAGUACAGUGAAAAUAUCUCUGAGCAUAAGUUUCAAUCAGUUUUACCUGGAAAUUUGUGGUGCGGUUUAAAAAACAAAUGUUUAGCUUUUUCAUUUGCGACCUAGUCUGUUCAUCCCAUGAAGCGAUUUCUUUUUCCAGAAUCUGUUUGAGUGUCUUUCUAAAAUGCCAAACAUGUUGGCAUCAAUUUUAUACAGGGAUAUAAAAAAGUGUAUGUGGAUAAAUUUUUUGUAAUCUUUAUUUUUGAAGGCCAGCCAGUAAAAUGGCCCAAUGUGCCAGCCAGGCUUAUGUGGCCUUGUUUUCAAAUAUACAUACAUGUGUUAUCAUUAAAAUUCAUAUAUGCA